CAACACGCGCGUAGAACACGCAGAGAACCUCCUGUCCUCUGUAACGUACUUUUGUUUACAUGUAUCUAAAAGACGAUUGUGCCUCAAAUCCUAUGUCAUUCCCGACGAAGACACUCGAGUACCUUCAAUGUGGACAAACGAUGCCCCUUGAUAGUGACUCCAACUGCAGCGCUACCACUGCUAUGCUAAGAAUGAGCAAAGAUGUGACGAUUAUCAAACACAAGGUCAAACGACGGGAUAUCCUCGAGUUCAUCCUCGUCGCCAUCAUCUUGAGUCUCCUGACUGCCUUGGUGGUAACUUUAGUGGUACUCUGCCAGACUUCGCGAACCAUUGAAGACCAAGUCACCGUCCCGUGCCAGCUUGAGCACCGCAGCUUCGCAAAGGACGAAUACAUCCGGAGCCCUAUUCACUCCUUCACAGAACUGAAGGUGGAGGAAGUGAAAACAAUCAUAGACUACCUCAUGAAACAGGAAUCACUGGGUCUUUCCACUUUGGAAACAGCAGAAAUUAACUCCAACUUCAUCCACAGCGUUGAGUUAAAACUAGCUCCAAAGCAUGAAGUGUUGGAGAACCUUGACAACGGAGGACCUCUCCCAGCUCGUCAGGCUAAAGUCUACAUCUUCAUGGGCAAUGCGACUCCACCUCUGGUGGAAGAAUACUUAGUAGGCAAUCUGCCUAACAUUUCCUUCCAUCAAUUGGCUCAAAAUCGUGCCAGAAAGACACAGAUUCCGUACACCAUUCGACCAUUUUCUCUUUAUGAGUUCAAAGGGAUCUAUAGGUACAUUCUUCCUCCUGUGGCGCGUCGAGCUAAUAAAUUGCUAAAUGAAAGUUAUGGUGCCACCCUUUUAGACUGCACGGAUAAAUGUCUACGUUUUUCCAUGACACCCGUUUCAAGUGCGUUCAUUGGGGAAGGGGAGAGAAAGGCAUGGUUUUGGCUGGCGUACGACAAAGAGUUUUUUACGCUACUGCCAUUGGACUUCCAAUUUCUGGUCGACAUGACGGACGUUCAUCCAAACAACUGGACCAUUCAACAAGUUUGGUAUGCUAAUACAUUGUUUCCUUCCCUUGAAGAUUUGUUACAGAAAUACGAACAUAACCAAAUAAAUACUACCAGGGUGUCGUACCCAAGUUGUGACGAAAAAGACUUGUACAGCUCCCUUCAUCUAAGGGGGCCGACCUUUCCGAGUGAAGACCUUCACAUGCCUCGUCACUUCCAGCCGAAUGGGCCUAGGUAUAAGAUCAGGGGCAAUCAGGUGGACUAUAUGAUGUGGCGGAUGAAUUUCAGAAUGUCGCCGACAGUGGGAAUACAGUUAUUUGACAUUCGAUACCAAGGGGAGCGAAUCCUAUACGAACUGAGUAUGCAGGAAAUAGCAGUGCUGUACUCUGGUCAUAGUCCAGCUUCAAGCAUGCUUUAUUUUGCGGACAGUGCCGGUUUGUACGGAACAAGAUCUCGCGGGUUGCUUCCUGGAAUAGACUGUCCCGAUUACGCAACAUUUCAAGACAUUGAGCUGUUCACAUCCAACGAAGGUGGUAUGAGGAAAUUUGAAAACGCUUUGUGCAUUUUUGAACAGAACACGCAAUUACCUCUGAGACGCCACCGCGCCUACAGCCGAUCUGGCGCUUUCUACAACGGCCUUUUAGACAGCGUCCUCGUCAUCCGCAUCGUCAUCUCCGUCAUUAACUACGACUACGUGUACGACUUCACCUUCCACAACAAUGGCGCGGUUCACGUCAGAGUCGUCUCCACUGGCUACCUCACAACCAGCUUCUUCUCCCCGGAGGAAGCGCGAUACGGAACCCGCGUUAACGACAACGUCGUUGCCGGCAUGCAUCACCAUCUUUUCAACUUCAAAGCAGACGUUGACGUGAAGGGUGUAAGCAACAGACACCAGACUUUCAACAUCGAGAUGGAAAACAAGACCAAUGAAUGGUCAGACGGGGGUAACAGCAAACACACUCAGCUAUAUUUCAGCAAACACAUAAAACGGACUGAAAAAGAAGCUACGUUUAGAUAUGACUUUGAAAAGCCCCAGUAUCUUCUGUUUUCCAACGCCGACAAAACAGAUCAGUAUGGCAAUCAGAACAGUUACCGCAUGAUGCUGCAUGGGAUGACGAAACAAAACCUGCCGUCGUGGGAUGGGUUCGAGAGUUCGGUCACGUGGUCACGUUACCAGAUGGCGGUUACGAAGCACCGUGAUGAGGAAGAAACAAGUAGCUCCAUGUUUGCCAUGUGGGAUGCUAGGGAUCCCGUGGUGAACUUCCAGAACUACAUCGACGACGAUGAGAACAUCGUUGAUGAGGAUCUGGUUGCCUGGGUAACCCUCGGAACCUAUCAUAUACCUCAGACAGAGAACGUCCCAAAUACUGCAACUACUGGUGGCCAUCUGUCUUUUCUGCUUGCACCCUUCAACUAUUUUAAAGAGGACCCCUCGAUGGGAUCACGUGAUGCUGUUCGGGUUACGCCAAUGGACAAAAAGAACCCGUAUUCUGGAGCUGUGGUAGAACGGUACGGACUGAAAGGAACGUCAAAAUGUUCACCGCCGGAACUUCUACCAGAUGACCUAUUGCAGAAAAAUAGUUCCUCCCUGUUUGCCUGAAACUCUUUGUCAGAAAACACUUCCACACUACAAUGCAAACUUCAUAUCCUAAUACUUAGGUACGAGGAUGACACUUUCAUCUAAGAGACGUCAUAUCCUAAUACUAAGGUACGAGGAUGACACUUUCAUCUAAGAGACGUCAUAUCCUAAUACUUAGGUACGAAGAUGACAUUUUCACAUAAGAGACGUCAUAUCCUAAAUACUUAGGUACGAAGAUGACAUUUUCACCUAAGGAAGGUCACAUCCUAAUACCUAGGUACUAAGAUGACAUUUUCACCUUAGAGCCGUCAUAUCCAAAUACUUAAGUACGAGGAUGACAUUUUCACCUUAGAGACGGCAUAUCCUAAUACUUAAGUACGAGGAUGACAUUUUCACCUUAGAGACGGCAUAUCCUAAUACUUAAGUACGAGGAUGACAUUUGCACCCAAGAGACGUCAAAUCCAAUACUUAAGUACGAAGAUGACAUUUUCACGAAAGAAACGUCACAUCCUAAUACUUAGGUACAAAGAUUACAUUUUCACCCAAGAGACGUCACAUCCUAAUACUUAGGUACAAAGAUUACAUUUUCACCCAAGAGACGUCAUAUCCUAAUACUUAGGUACGAGGAUGACAUUUUCAACUAAGAGACGUCAUAUCCUAAUACUUAGGUACGAGGAUGACAUUUUCACCCAAGAGACGUCACAUCAUAAUACUUAGGUACGAGGAUGACAUUUUCAACUAAGAGACGUCAUAUCCUAAUACUUAGGUACGAGGAUGACAUUUUCACCUAAAAGACGUCAUGUCCUAAUACUUAGGUACGAGGAUGACAUUUUCAACUAAAAGACGUCAUGUCCUAAUACUUAGGUACGAGGAUGACAUUUUCACCUCCUUCAAAUGUCACAUCCUUAUAUGAAAAUGCGAGGGUGACAUUUUCACCUAAGACACGUCAUAUCCUUAUACUUAGGUACGAGGAUGACAUUUUCACUUAAGAAACGUCAUAUCCUUAUGCUUAGGUACGAAGAUGACAUUUUCUUUCCAAAUGUGUCCCCUCUAAGCACUUUGAAUCGCGUUCGUGUUUCCUUCUUCGACUAAUUGGAAUCAACUGAUACUCCUUCCGCCCAUGCCUAUCAUUCGGUUGCAUUCGAUUGGCUCAGAGCUCCACGUGGCAAUGCCCCAUCGCGAGGUGAAAUCAACCACAGCCAAACUCAACGCUUCCAGCUACAAUCAUAGCAAACUCUUGUUUCAUUACACGCCGCCGUUGCUACCACCCUCUCCAAGAGGAUCAAUCUGAUUCACUUCCAGCAACGUGCGUGAAGUGAACACAUGCUAUUAAACAAUGCUAUCAAAAUGGCGAUCAAACAAUACAUGCUUGUGUGUUCAACAUUAAGACUCUUUUGAGGUAAACCGUCUUUUUAAUAAAGCGUAGUUUGUAUUGCAUCUGAAUAUAAACUGUUUUAUCCGCGGCCGAUCGAAAACACUGAUGAGCUCUUCACAAACAAUCCGUCCAACCUUAGAACCUAAAAUAACGUACCAGCAAAGUGCAUCCUUAUUAUCCAGUGUUUUAUACAUUUAAACUACACUGGAUGAAUACACAUUUGUCAUAAUAGAAAGGAUAUGUUAUACCCUCGAUAAUCGAGGAUGGUAAUAUGUUUUCAUUUCUGACCAACAAAGGCAAGCAUACUAUGGUGACGUGUGUGGGUGAGAUCAUCUAUUUAACCGAAUAACUGUAUUUUACCACACGUGACCAUCUAGUACCUACUUUUAAUUAGGUGCGUUUAUUUAUUGAAUAUGUGUUUACAGAAGGAACCUCCAUCCCCCAACUGCCGUUUGUAUGUUUCUCUGAUUUACAGGUCUGUCUGCUUAUUAUCCAUUUAUUAUCCACGUUUUCAGUAUAACUUAUGUAAACGUUAACGUUUCAAUACAUGUGUUUAUUUCAUGUUAUUUGUCCAUUUAAACAACCCUCAUUCACAUCUAUGAACAUUUAUAUCAAAGAGUCAAUUACCUUUGUCUCUCGUAACCGCUCUGGUAUGCUGAUAUGCAUAAAAUAUGUUACAUUACCAUUUCCAUUGACUCAAACAUUGAAUUAUUCAUUUUCUAAAUCAACUUUAGCUUAACCGUUUUAACGGUAUACAAUUAAGUAAAACACAAGUAGCCUGAUGAAUGUGAUCCUAUUCAUCUCCACAAACAUUUCAUUAUUUGUUUAUUAAUAAACAUUUAUUUUCUUAACAGUUCAUAUAAAUAUUUAAUUUCCUUUGUAAACUUUAAUAUUUAUUCGCUUGAUUUUAAUAGGAUAAUUAUUAACACAAGCAGUAGGCAUAUGUCAGGGAGAAUCUCUGGUGGUGAUGAUGAUGCAACACUUGGCAUCUGCGUCAGUAAGAUAUCCAUGUCGUCUGAGACGCGAGAUCUACUGAACCGGUUAACCUCUGCGUUCUCCCAAGGAGGUUCUUACCUUACAUUCCACAACGAUAGUUUCAAAACGAUAUUUUUUUGUUAUAAAAAACUAAUCUCCGCUAUUCGCGGCGUCGGUGAAAAUUUAUCGGUUCCUAAACACUUUCUCGCGUUCGCUCCCGCUGUCUGUCGACGAUUCAGGAAUACCACUGGGUAAUGGCGAGAACAGACCCCUAGUUGCCUGUUCUGGUGGGAACAUUGUCACUAUUUAUGACAUUUGCGAAAUCUUUCGUCCGUGUUAUCGCCUUUAGACCAAACAAUUUUAUUGGCGAACAAGCUUAUGUGAAUUUUACUGAUAUGACGCUUUUGGCAAAAACAAAGUCGACAUUGAUAGAAGCAAUAUAAACUGGUCUGAACUCAGUUUAACGGCUGCAGAACUGGAAUGUUUAUUCAUACUUUGGUAGGGAAUAAAACGAUUAAACCAUAUUGAACCCUGUUAACAUGUAUUUGAAUCAUACUUUGCUUGGAAGCUUUUCAAAACGCAAAUAUAAUUCCAAAUUUAUCAUAAUAUUUUUUUGCCAGUAUACCAAAGAUAACUUCCCAAGACGUCAUAGUGUGUUUGUUCAGUCGAUUUCACCAUGUGAGUGUCUACGAAUGGAGGAACUAUUAUGUUUAUUUUAGAUGCUCAUGCGCGGACAUCAUCAUAUAUUUAUUAGCAUCGUGUAUGUGAGUGAUUGAGUAUGGUUCUACGCCGCUUUUAGCAAUAUUCCAGCAAUAUCACGGCGGGGGACACCAGAAAUGAGCUUGUACCCAUAUGGGGAAUCGAACCCGGGUCCUCGACGUGACGAGCGAAUGCUUCAACUACCAGAUUAUCUGUGAGCCCCUAGCUCCGUGAAUGACUGAUAUGUAGUAUCAUUUCAUAUUGGUGUGACAAGGUAGCAGGAACUAGUUUUGGUGUUUUGUCUUAAAAAAAUAAAAAUGAUUUCAGUAAUGAUAUUUUGAAAUAGAUGGCAUGUCACUGGGGUGAGAUAUAUGGUAUGCGUUUAAUUUUCAUAGUUGUUUUUGGUAUGACUUUUAUUUGAACUGCCGCUGAGAAUGUGUUCGCGACGUGUUUGUAUAUUUUACGGGCGUCUCGGCAUGAGUUUCAAAUAAUGUUUUAAUGUAUGGAGCAUGUUACCGUCAAUCGGCAUUACUCGACUGUUUACGUAAUAAGUCGCGGAUAGCCACGAAUGGUGUGGGGAGGGAUAUUGAUUUGAUGUAGAUCAUGAUGUGAUAUCAUCAAAACAUUUGAUAACAUUAAUUCAUAAUAUAAACAUCAAUAUCAUUCAAAUUGUUAUUAAGUUCACCCAGAACUGUUAACAUCUGGUUAUUCGUUUUUCUCAACGACGAAACCCAAGUGAAUUUUACAACACAAAACGUGAAAAACCUCAUAUUUUAAACGCAGGUGAGAAUAUACACCCUAGUUUCCAUUGUAAAUACAUCAUCUAGUUUUCUGUUAAGAGACGCUAUAUGUUUCUCACAAGUAUGGAAAUUUACAUCCGAGAUAUGUUUAACCGUAACUAUAUGUUCCGAUUGCCCAAUGGUCGGCAACGCGCCUCACGCAUCCCUGGGUCUCAAACCCCAGGAUGCUCAACAAACACGGUACAUGUAUGUGCGAUGUUCGUUAAUCAAUGGUGGAUUGAAGCCUUCUGCACAUCAUUGUGCAAUUUGUAAUACCUCUACUAUUAUCGCAUAUCAUGUAGCGAGAUACAUUCAUCUCAUGUCGGUUAAUUCCGGUAUCUCGGAUAUAGCACAUGGAGAUCCUUCAGUUAUGCAUCUCAAGUACAGCCAUGUGCUUUGUGAUGAAAGAGAGACUAUGGCAGGGGGAUCUGUCAGUCCUUUGAUGCUUGAAUCAAGUUACUAAACUAUUAAAAGUUCGCUGAUUCAAAUUUUAUGUAAAUUAAACUUGUUGUUAUUGAUAUUGUAUUUAGAGACUGGUCAUUUAUUUGAGAGUGGGGUAGGGUUGAGAUUGUUUCAGGGCUGUAUCAUAUUUUACGGGCGCUUCGGCAUGUUUGAAGCCUCCGUUUCGUCCCAUCCUUGAUUUGACAAGGGGCGUCAUACAAAGACUCGCCUUAAUGACUUUCUGACUUACAUUUUGAAUCCUUUAAAUGUAUGGAUAGGGAAUGACCUAUCAGACCGAAUGCCAAUACGCUCAGAGAAACAGGUUAACUGUACUUGAAGUCUUUAUCUGUGCAAUAAAC